CCCUGAGAAGCAGAAUGGGGAAUAGAAACAGUGCAUUCACGGAGGAGGAACUGCAGGAGUAUGAGGACCUCACUUUCCUCACCAGAAAGGAGAUCCUUCUAGCUUGGAAGAGGUGGGAGGACCUCAUGGGAGCGGGAGCUGGCAACGACAAAUUAGCCCGUUAUCCGGAGGAGAAUUUUCAUGAACUGCCGGAGUUGAAGCACAACCCCUUCAAGGAGCGGAUCACCAAAGUCUUCUCCUCGGCGCAGGAUCACAGAAUCAGCUUUGAGGAUUUCUUGGACCUCCUGUCGGUCAUGAGUGACAAGGCUCCUCUGCAGCUCAAAGCUCACUAUGCUUUCCACAUCUUCGAUUAUAACGAAGACCUUAUCUUAGAUGGAGAAGAUCUGGAGUGCGUUGUGGACCGUCUUACUGGAAGGGAAAAUCUACUACCUGAAGAAAAAGACAGGCUUAUUAAGACGCUGCUGCAGGAAACAGACCUGGACGGUGGUGGUAUUUCCGAAGAAGAAUUCAAGCACUUGCUGACCAAAUGUCCGGAUUUCAUUCACUCUUUUCGGUUUUCUGUGUGAGGAAAAAAGAAGACCUUAAAGAAAACGAUUAUCGAAAAAAGAAAAGAAAACGUGGACUGUGAUUCGAUUGAGCAUUGACUGUUUUAUUUUUCUAAUAAAGAAAAAAAGAGUA